AUGCCUGCGAAUAAGAAGAAGCAGGCGGCCACGCCACCAUCCUCCGAUGAUGAACCAGAGGAGAGCGAGUCAGGUAGCAGUGAGGCUGGUCCAGCUCCCAAGAAGAAGAAUCUUUUCGCUUUGAUGAUGGACUCGGACGAGGAGGACUCGGACGAGGAGGAAGAAGAGGAGGAGGAAGAGAAGCCACCUCCGCCUCCGAAGAAGCCGGAGAAGGCUGACAAGGCAGAGAAGGCUGACAAGGCAGAGAAGGCUGACAAGCCGUCAGGGGACAAGGCGGAGAAGGUCGACAAGGUUGAAAAGGCUGCAAAAGAGGACAAGGCAGAUUCGUCGCCGGAAAAGAAGAAGAAAAAGGAUGACCCCGUUGAUGAUGAGAUUGCUAUGUUUGGCGAGAAGAAGAAGAAAAAGAAGACUGCUGACAAGGAAGACAAAGAUGCCAAGGACGAGAAGAAGGAAAAGAAGGAAAAGAAAGAGAAGAAAGAGAAGAAAAAGAAAAGCCCGACCGUCUGUGAAAUCAUAGAGGUCUCUCCUAUUCCCAAGAAGGACAAGCUCAAGCUGUGCAAAGUGGUGGUGAUGGCGGGUGUUGACCCAGUUGACAUUGUCACGAGCGCCCCGAAUGUGGCUGCCAACAAGAAGUUCAUUGCCGCACCACCGGGAUACACGACAGCUAAUGGGGUCGAUGUCAAAGUUUCAACAGUGGGCGGUGUUGAAAGCGCCGGUAUGUUCUGCGGGCCUAAAGAAAUGGGAUGGGACACAGAUGUGCUUGAUGCUGGCUUGGCUGUCAUGCUUGCAGAUUCUGCGGAAGUUGGUCAGCCAGCACCCUCUUAUGAAGAGGCUGUGGAGGCUUUUAAGGAAAGGGAGCGAGAGGAACUCAGGAAGCAGGAGGAAGCAGCAAAGGCAGCAGCUGCGAAAGCGGCAGCCAGCAAAGAUGAUAAGAAGGGUGGCAACAAGAAGAAGAAGGGAAGGGGCAAAGACGAUGACGAAGACAUGGACGAUGUCUUGGCAGACUUCAAAGAGGAUGUGCCGCCAGCUGGAGACAGCAAGUCAGUGAAUGCAAAGAAAAAGGACAAGAAAAAGGCUCAAAAGGCAGCGGACGAUGAUGAGUUCGAUGCUGCUUUGGAUGAGUUCCAGGAAGACAAGCCGGAGCCAAAGGCAAAAGCUGCUCCAAAAACAGCAACCGAUAAGAAGAAAGCCCAGAAGAAGGCCGCUGAUGAAGACUUUGAUGCUGCAUUGGACGAGUUCCAGGAAGACAAGCCGGAGCCAAAGGCGAAAGCUGCUGCAAAAACAGCAGCCGAUAAGAAGAAAGCGCAGAAGAAGGCUGCUGAUGAAGACUUUGACGCGGCGUUGGAUGAGUUCCAGGAGGACAAGCCGGAGCCAAAGGCGAAAGCUGCUGCAAAAACAGCAGCCGAUAAGAAGAAAGCGCAGAAGAAGGCUGCUGAUGAAGACUUUGACGCUGCGUUGGAAGAACUUCAGCCACCUGCUGAAGACUCGGCUCCAGAACCAAAGGCCAAGGCAGAAGCAAAAUCGGCUAGCCAGAAGAAGAAGGAUAAGAAGAAGGGCCAGAAAGGGGAUGCAGACGACGAUUUCGAUGCGGCCUUGGAUGAACUAGGUGACAAGCCAGAAGCUGCAUCCAGCACUGCAGCGGCAGAAGCCAUCCCAGAGAAGCCAACUCCAGAAGCUGCGCAGGAUGAGCAAGAUGACAAGGAUGAGAAGGACGAAGAGCUUGAUGCCAAGACCCUUGCCAAUCGAAAGAAGAAGGAGAAGAAGGCAAAAGCCAAGGCAAAGCAGAAGACAGGAGGAGAAGGCUUUUGGGGCUCGUCAGAGCCCCAAGAGGAGUCGGAGACCAAGGAGGCCCCCAAAGAGGAGCCAGCAGCAGCAAGCAGCAAAAAGGAGAAGGCCAAAGCCGCACCGAAGAAGGAGAGCGCCAUCGUCCGGGCAGCCCGAGAGCGCCUGGAGCUGGAGCAGAAAUUAGCGGAGGAGAAAAGGGCCUUCGAGGAGGCCGAGCGGAAGCGGAUCGAGGAGGAGCAGCAGGCAAUCGAAGAGGAAGAGAGGCGCUUGGAGGAAGAGCGGCAGAAGCGCCGAGAUGCCAAGGCCGCGAAGAUCGCGAAGCAGAAGGCGGAGGGCACUUACCUGACCAAAGCGCAGAAACUGAAGCAGCAACGAGCGGCGCAACUGCGCGAGCAGUUUGGCUUCACGAUGGAUAAGGACGAAGAGGAUGAGGCCGAGAAGGCUGAGGAAGACAAACAGAAGCGGCCGAUGGCCACCAAGUUGAAGAAGAAGAAGCCCGCGCCCGGGGAGGAGGCAUCACCCGAAAAGGUAAAGGAGGAGCCGCCAGAGGAGAGGGAGGAGAAGCCAGAGGAGAAGGAGAAAAAGCCGGAAAAGAAGGAGGAGAAGCCGAUUCAGAAGGAGGAAGAGGAGGAGAGCGAUGGCUGGGAGAAGCUUGACGAACAAGAGGAAGAAAAGGAAGAAGCUGCCAAGGAGGAAGAGGCUUCCGAUGAGGAAAGCGGGGACGAAAGUAGCAGUUCCAGCAGCUCUUCUUCCUCUUCGUUUAUGGGAUACCGUUCGCCGGUGAUCUGCAUCAUGGGGCAUGUCGAUACAGGCAAAACAAAACUUCUGGACAAGAUCCGUAGAACCAACGUGCAAGAAGGUGAAGCAGGUGGCAUCACCCAGCAGAUCGGAGCAACGUUUUUCCCUGACAUUGCACUACAAGAGCAGACGAAGAAGGUUGACGAGGACUUCGAGCUGGAGGUCCCUGGCCUGCUUAUCAUUGACACGCCUGGUCACGAAUCCUUCAACAAUCUCCGGAUGCGCGGAUCCUCUUUGGCCGAUCUGGCAAUCCUUGUCAUUGACAUCAUGCACGGGCUCGAGCCUCAAACGGUAGAAUCGUUGGAGCUGCUGAAAAAGCGUCGUUGUCCGUUCAUCAUUGCGAUGAACAAGAUCGACAUCCUCUACCAGUGGAACGCAAAGUCGUAUACUAGUGCCCAAGAUGCCUUGAACCGACAAGAGCAGUCUGUGCGAAUGGAGUUCCAGACCCGGUACAACAACGUCAUGCUGCAGCUGAACGAGCGGGGGCUGAACUGCAGCCUGCUUCUGGGCUGCAGUGGAGCUGGGAGACAGCGAAUGAUUGUGUUUGCGUGUGUUUGCUUUUUCGUGGUUCCUAGGUAUUGGGAGAACGAUGAUCCGCGUACUUCUGUCUCCAUUGUUCCAACCAGCGCGCUUACCGGUGAGGGUGUGCCGGAUUUGUUGUACAUGAUCCUGAAGCUCACUCAAGACCUGAUGGGUGCCAAGCUGGAGUGCAGGGAGGAGCUGGAGUGUACAGUGAUCGAAGUCAAAAACAUCGAAGGCCUUGGGACCACCAUCGAUGUGGUGCUUCUCAAUGGCACCCUUCGUGAAGGUGACACAAUCGUUCUGGCUGGCUUGGGUGGUCCAAUUGUCACAACCAUCAGGGCUUUGCUGACACCUCAGCCAAUGAAGGAGAUGCGAGUUAAGAACGAGUACGUCAAACAUGCGGCGAUCAGCACCUCCAUGGGCGUGAAGAUCUCGGCACCAGGCCUCGAAGAGGCUGUUGCCGGCACGCAGCUCCUCGUUUGUGGGCCUGACGAUGAUCUCGAAGACUUGAAGGACGAAGCGAGCGAAGGCUUUGAGAGCAUUCUCAACGACUUUGCCAAGGAGCCGGCAGGAGUUUAUGUGAAGGCCAGCACCCUGGGGUCGCUGGAGGCACUGCUCUCAUUCCUUCAGGACAUGAAGAUUCCGGUAUUUGACGUCGGAAUUGGAGAGGUGCACAAGAAGGAUGUAAAAAAAGCGAUGAUCAUGAAAGAGAAGAAGCACCCGGAAUAUGCACUCAUCCUGGCCUUUGAUGUCAAGGUGAACGCAGAUGCCCAGAAGCAGGCGGACACAGAUGGCGUCACGAUUUUCACCGCCGACAUCAUCUACCACUUGCAGGACAAGUUCACGAAGUACAUGGAGAAGUUCCGCGAAAGUCAGAAAACAGAAACACGAAAAGUAGCAGUGUUCCCAGUGGUGCUGCAGAUCGACAAGCAGCACAUCUUCCGCAAGCAGGAUCCCAUCAUCGUGGGUUGUCAAGUUGUGGGCGGCCAGUUGAGAGUGGGCACACCGCUCUGUGUGCCAGAUAAAGACAACAUGACCAUUGGACACGUGGCCGGCAUCGAGAUCAACAAGAAAGGAGUGCCAAAAGCUCGCAGGGGUGACACGGUUUGUGUCAAGAUAGAACAGACGACUGCCCAGAACCACAUCAUGUAUGGGCGCCAUUUCGACCACACCAGCCAGCUCUAUUCGAAGAUUUCGCGGGAAAGCAUUGACACCUUGAAAGAACACUUCAAGGAUGAGAUGAUCAAAGAGGAUUGGGAGUUGGUCAUCGGCAUGAAGAAGGUCUUCAGCAUCCAGUGA